AUGGCUUAUUAUCCACCACCAGGUGCUCCAGGUGCAUAUCCACCACAGCCAGGCUAUCCAGCUCCUCCAUGUGCCCCAGUACCACCACCUGGCGCAUAUCCACCACAGCCAGGAUAUGCCCCAGCUCCAGGAAUGCCACCACCACCAGGAAUGUAUCCACCAGGUGCUCCAGGAGCUUAUCCUCCAGGCGCUUACCCAGCUCCACCAGCUGGCCCAGGAAUGUACCCACCUCCACCACCAGGAGCCUACCCACCAGGUGCUUACCCACCACCACCUCCAGGAGCCUAUCCAGGCGCUUAUGCUAGACCAGGCUACCCAGGUGGCUUCUACCGUAAGGGACAUUAUAAGGCUAACGGCAAGUGGACAUCCUCCUCAUCCUCUUCUUCUGACUACAAGAAAUACGGUUACCGCCCAGGCUACCACGUUAAGCACUAUCACUAA